ACGCUGUGCUGUAGUUUCCGUGUGUUCGGCAACCAGUUUAAUAUCGUUUUGCAUCAGACGUACCAGGUGAUCAAUUAUUAGUGUUAUUCUGAAAAUAUUUGCAUGUGAUAGACGGAUAAUAGUUAACUUAUCCGUACAGGAGCAUUUUAUUUUACUUUGAAUACACAAAAGGUGUUAUUGGUACAAAUAAUUCGAAAACCUACGUCACAUUAAGUUCUACGUAUAAUUCUAUGCCAAGAUGUUGGUGUUAAAAUUUUUGCCGCAUUUACUUCGCUUUGGUAUCGGUUAGGUUAAUGGACCCACAACAAAGAUGCCUCUAGGAUAACAAUAAAUUUUUAGCUAGCACAAAAAACGUUAGUGUCUGCCCGAAGAUUUUGUAAAACCUGAACUGCAACGCGAUUUUUUUCACUUUUUACGCCCUUUUUGUGCCCUACGCCCUACGCCCUAAGUACGCCCUUUUGUGUCUACAUAAAAUUUGUUCUGGCACGAUAUUAUAGCCUUUGUUUUGGCUGUAUCUUAGCAAAAACAUUAUGGGCAUAUAAUCCUCAGUUUGUCUCGAGCUCGCCCAGUAAUGGUCCAUAAACAAUACAGCCAUGUUUUUGUUUUUCUCGUCUUUAUGUGCGCUGUAAAAAGCUGCGAACCGGAGCUAGCUUAUCCAAAUGGAAUCCGGUCUCUCUGCCCCAUAUACACAACCAGCACCGGCGUCGCGACUACAAGCACAACUUCCGGGUGGAUUUCGGAAUUACCGGCACCAACCACGACACAGAGUCAGACAGCAACAUCCAUGGUGACCCUUGCUUCGACCACGAGCACGACGUCGACUGCCAGCACCGCCACUUCGUCACCACCUUACACUACCAGCUCGUCUACCACCACAUCGACUAGCAGCACUACGACUACGCCGCCUCCGCCGAUCACCACCACCACCAGUGCAACAACUUCGACUACAACCACAACCACUACGACGGAUACCAGUGCCCCGACCACCUCCACGACUACCACGCGACUCACGUCCCCGAGGCCAACGAAGAGUACCCGUCCGACAACCGCUGCGGGAAGGAAAAAACGAGCAUUCGGCGAUUGCCCCGAUUAUAUUGUUAAUAGUUGUGCCUGGCGAUGCCAGCUGACUGCAACAACCACCAGUGCGCCGACACAGACUUCCGGCUGCUGCUCUCUGCCCGCUACUACACAACCAGGAAUGGUGAUGGAUAUUGUGAAGUUUAUUCAGAGCAUAGGACGACAUUCUGGAAAGAUUUAUAACUUCUUCUGACGCCGAUGCUGUCUUUGGUUACUAGUGUAGCAAGUUACCGUCCCGCGUCUUGUUAACUGCUUUUGCAGGUGAUCGAAUGUAAAUCCCUGUAAGAAGCGCACAGCCAGUAUUACUGCAGCACAGCGCAAAGAAAACCCAACCAUAAUAGA